UAACAAUGAGUGAUUUGGGAUUCAGCCGUACUGUAGAGAACGUCACAACAAGCGAGUGUACUAGCCGAGAUCUCGCUAAUGUUGUUGAGAGAGUGAGACAGUAAAAUGACUAAAUUAGAAGAGUUAAACGUGUUCCUGAGCGAGAGACUGAAUGAGAUCCUGGACACAGUGAGCAGGAUGAUGAGGGAGAACGAGGAGGAAACGGCUCGGAUACGCAAAGAGAACGAGUAUCUGAAGGAAAUGUUGAAGCUCACAGGAUGGAGUUUUACAGAAUUAAACCCGGGUCUGUCCCCUGGAAGACCAGAUGAUCUGUCAAACCUGCAGUACGAAUACGAGACCAUUGAGAGCUGGUAUCAAAACCCAGAGCUAAAGGAAGAAAGCACAAGCAUCAAAAUAGAGCAGCCUGACCCACCAUACCCUGCACAUCUCGACUCUGAGCAUACAGAUAAGUGUCCAAUUCCUGAUCUGGAGGCAGGCUCACCAAUAUCUGAUGUCUGCGAAAGUUUGAAAAACCGCAAAGGAAAAGCUAAAUUAAAGCUGAAGAAAAAACACUUCUGCUUAUAUUGUAAGAAACCUUCCCUCCGAAUGGCACAGCAUCUCUUAUCAGCACAUGCUAAAGAACCAGAGGUGGCAAAGGCCCUUAGUUAUGACAAGAAGUCAAAGGAAAGGAAACAGUUGCUGGAUCUUCUGCAGAGCAAAGGAAACCUCUUGCACAAAGAUGUGGGUAUGCGUCGAUCCUUAGUGCCGUCUGAACAAUAUGCCACAGCUGGAAUUAAUAAGGAUUACAUACAGUGCAUUCAUUGUCUUGGAUUAUAUAAGCGUAAGAGCAUUGCUAAUCAUGUAAAGAGAUGCAAGCUUAAAUAUCCAUGUAGAGCUGAAGCUUGUACUGCUAGUCCCAUGUCCAGUACCAUCACCUUUCCACCAGAUACUUCUGUAAGUGAAAAAACACAAACAGCUGUUCAGUUCAGUUCACCUAACUCCGCUAUAUCAUGUAGUGCCAAACAGGAAACUCCUGAUCCUGAAUCUGUUAGCACCCCUGUUUCAGACACUCAACACAGUGCAGCACAGCUUUAUGCUGACACAGAAUCUCCAAGUGAAGACUUGGGGUUAGUUGGUGAACAACUACUUGCUGAUCUUGAAUCAGAAAGUGAUCUCACUCCAGACACCACCUUGGUCAGAAACGACCAUAUGCACACAAAUCCAGCCUGCAGCUCUCCAGCCGACAAUCACACUGAAACGAGCAAGAUUGAGGACAAGAAAACUGACACUGAGCAGAGCAGCCAGAAUGGACACAUGGUAGAGAAUAGGAGGAGGAGCUCUUGUGUUGAAACUCAAUUAAGGGGGAUUGACAACGCUUCAGACGAGGAGAGUUUUGCACAGAACACACAACUGCACAUCUGUCAGCACUGCAGUGCCAUCUUCUGCAGCCCAUACCACCUACGCAGACACGAAUACACUCAUACAGGUGAAAGGCCUUACUGGUGUAGUGAGUGUAAUACGGGGUUCAUUCAAAAAUAUCGCUACCGAAACCACAGAAUGACCCAUCAUGAAGAGAGACAUUUAAUUGGUAACAAGGAUCAAUCAAGAAGACGCAAAAAACGAUUUUCCAGUGGAGAGAAGCCAGAAGAGAGUGAGCACCCUCAACAGCAGUUGGCUGAGAGCACUGCAGGUGGUACAUCUGAGCCUUCCAACGAUUCCGGGGAAAAGAGUUGGACUCAGCAAACAGCUGCCUUUGUUUCAAAUACAGGAGACAUAACGAAGUUUCACAAUGAGGAAAUGACUGACUGCAAAGAAGAGAGAGAAACGGUGGGGUCCCUUCUGUGUCUUUUGGAACCCAAGACGUCAUCUCAAGCUUACAACAGGAAUCAGAGCCCCAGGAGAGCCUGAGUCAACCCCGAGCAUCAAAUAAAGAAAACACAAGCAUAAAAUCAGAACAUCCCACCCCUCAGUACCCAGCACAUUCGGACUCUGAGUCUGAAACCAGGCCGACAGACGACACCGUGGAACCUCCCCAGUGCACCUCUCUGUUAAACUCACACACUGUUGAUCAAGACGUGAUAGACUUCGAUUUUCCCAUAAAAGUCAAAGUCGAGUCAACGAACAUAGAGCCACAUUCAGGUGAUACCACAGACAAUAUGGAUGCCAGUAACCAGAGCUGGUCUUCACAGAACUGGGAUCUGUUUUCAGAAAGAAGUUAUCAGAACAGACUGCAACAAGGAGCUGGUCUGCACCCGUACAGCACCGAUGGCUGUCGUUCUGCAGAAACUACAAUGCAAAACCACCCUGUCGAGUUCCAGGCGGCGUUCAGCUACACAAACCGGACCAUAUGCAAUAACAGGCUGCACUGUACCAGCAGACACUGUGAACUUCAGAAAAGGACCACGUCUAAGUCGAGUCCUGUGUGGCAGUACUUCUCGCUGAAAGAGGGGGAUUGUAGUAAGGCGGUGUGUCUGAUGUGUAAAGCGGUAAUAUCUCGUGGUGUUAAAGAGUACACGACAUCAGCGCUGUUAAAACACCUCCGGAUGAAACAUGGCAAAUGUUGAUCUAUUUCGCUUUUGUACUUUUGUACUCUUGAGUCAGUAAUUGGGUUUAUGAUGACAAAGAAACAAAUAGGACAUUAUCUAUAUAUGCGUGAAAGAUACCAGUCUCUAAUGUAGCAAAUGCAAAAAGUACUGAACAAAUGUAGUUCGUUUAAUUUGCAGUACCACAUUCACUUUGUUUUGAUUGAUGAUGCAGAUCUGAGCUGGCUCAAUACCGUCCCAUGGUUUUACUGAGAGAGCAGAUACUACAGCAGAUGUUUGGUGGUUGUUUUUUUUGUCUAUUUGUUUGUUUUUUAUCUUAAAAACAACCUAAAUAUGCACACAUUUUUAAACGUUUGCAUCAGUGGUUAUAUACAGAUAGCUGAAAAUUAAAGGAAAAACAUUUGGCUUUGACUGUUAUGUUUGAAAAGCAUUUUGUUUGCAUGGUUUCGGUGAUUCAGUCGAGGCUUUGCACCGUCACGUGACUCCAUAGCAAAAUUAACUACACCGCCAUGACAGGGGACACGCUUGUAGUGCUUUGUUCAGCUGAGUGAGUUGUUAUUGAUCGCGAUCGGAAGGUUUUGCUGCGUUUUUGGAUGUGUAAAUCGUUUUGAAUGAAACAAAGGCAUCAGAUUUUUUAAUUUACCAAAAGUAAUUCAUCAUCAGGGGGAAAAACUAGAGACAUUUUUAAACACAGAAGGGGAAAAUGGAGGAAAAACAUUCAGCGGGGGGCGGCACGGUGGUGUAGUGGUUAGCGCUGUUGCCUCACAGCAAGAAGCUCCGGGUUCGAGCCCAGUGGCCGGCGAGGUUCACCAGCCCAGAGAGAGACCCUAGAGAUUAAAAUCAGGGUGGGUGAGGAGAUAAAUAAAUCUAGACAAGGACCGAAGAAUAUUAACAACAAGAACUUAUUCUAUCCACAUUCACUGGAUAUAAGUGAAUCGCACGCUCUGAUUGGCUACUCUACUACUAGGCUACCGUGAGUCAAGAAAAACAAAAUGGCGGAGCGGGUUGCUGAACCAACCGAGGAUGAAAUAAAAACUCUACUUGAAAAAAAUACAAAAAAGCAACAAAAUAUGGAAUAAAAGUAUUUGAAGGGCGGCACGGUGGUGUAGUGGUUAGCGCUGUCGCCUCACAGCAAGAAGG